AUGUCGUUCUCCAAACCCAAACCAAGCAAUGCGGGUGAAGAUGCGCCUCCUCCAAAAUUGAGGAAAGUUGAUCGGGAGAACCGAACAUUUCAAAUGAGAUGGGAGGAAGAGUACUUCUUCACACUGGAUCCCGAAACAGACAAGCCUGUUUGCUUGGUGUGUAGAGAGCCAUGCAGCGUGAAAAAGGAGUUCAAUUUGAGAAGGCACUACACCAGGAUACACGAGAAUUAUCAAACAUCAUCAAUGAUCAUUGAACAUCAUCAAACAUCAUCAGAAAAUCAGCAGAAUAUCAUCAGACAUCAGCAAACAUCAUCAGAACGUCAGCGGACAUCAUUAAAGAUCAUCAGAACUUUAGGAGACACCAACAGACACCAUCAUCAUCAAUCAUUAUCUGAGCACCAUCAGACAUAG